AUGUCCUACUCACAAUAUCCUGGUGGCGCUGACCAGUACACCACUGGCUACAGCGCGCCCAUUCCUCAAUACACAGAGUCACAAAUCCACGCCUACUAUCAACAAUACCAAUGCUAUCCACAGCAGCCAUAUCAUGUUAUCCCGGAUUACUUUCCUCAGCCGGUGUACACCACUUCUCAGUAUCCGGUGACUACACAAGGAGGCUACUAUCCACACGAAGACCCCAUGGUCUCACUGCCAGAACCACACAAGUUAGCACCCCCUGAGGACGAUGAAAUGCUUCGACGAAGAAGAUCAAUGAAGGCUGACCGAAGGAGUAGGAGCCGGAGCGCCUCGCAACCUAGGACAUUUCCAUGCACAGUGCCAAACUGCACAAGCACAGCAAACUUCACUCGGCUAGCCGAUCUCCAGCGCCAUCAGUCCACCGUCCACAACAAGAACACGACCCCAGAAUAUCCAUGCGAGGUCAAAGGGUGCACUCGCAUCGGUGACAAAGGAUUCACGCGCCGCGACCAUCUCGUCGAACACCUCCGCAACUUCCACCACAUCGAUAUCCCCAAGCGGAAACCUGGAGAGCGCUCGGCCAACCCGCUUGGCCGGAGCCUGACUGGCUACUCAUCGUAA